AUGGUUUGUACAACUAUUCAGCAGCAUGACUAUAAAAAUGCGGAGCUAUGUCGAUCGGAAGACAGAAAAAUUCCAGAGCUACAAGGAGACGUUGGGAAACUCCAUAAAACCCAUGACAAUGUUUGUUUAAAUGCAGCUACAGCCAGCACAUCUACAACAAAAGGAGUCAGUGGAAUAAGAUAUACAAAUUCAAAUAUGAACAAAAUCUUCGAUAAACCAUUUAUUCCAAAGAACCAAAAAGACUCAUUAUUUAUACCACCACAAAUAACUACUUACUCAGAAAGUUUAAGCCAAGAUAAAAAAGCCUACAACCACAUAACCCGCUUAUAUAUUGAAAACCUUUAUAAAAUCCAAAAUUAUUUAAACUCAACACCUAGAUCUCCAACUGCCAAAGACCCUAAUACUGAUUUUAUAACCAAAAAACUACAAGGAUAUAAUAAGUUAAUAGCACAACCAGGCACCAAUGCAAAUCUAGUAAAAACAUGUUAUAGUUAUGGAUUACUUAGUACAGUUUAUACCCAAACAGGAGAUGAAAUAUCUACCAUACCAGAGCUAUACAAAGCCUUUAUGAACUAUAAAAGAAUUACUAAAGGAACAUUAUUUUAUAUAAAGUUUUAUUCAGCACCAGCAGAGAUAUUAUUUGAUGAGAUAAAACCAAUUAUACAAGUUGUAAAGAUUGGUUUGACCAGAGAUAUGAUAAUUCCAGAAGAUAUCGGAAUACAGCAAGAAAUACAAAGGAUUGAGAUACCAGAAUUCUACGCCAACAAAAGAGUUAUAGGAAUAACAACUAUCCUAAAUGAACUAACUAACAAUUAUUUAAACGGAAAUUCAGUAUGGAGCUAUUAUGUACGAGAGCAAGUUAUGAUAUAUUCAAAUUCUAAAGAAAUCAGAGAACAAGAUAUGGAGGAGAUACGCCAAUGGAUACUUAGUCUACUCAAGCCAGAGCAAAAACCAACAACAAGAGCAUUAAGAAAAGGGUUUAUUUCGGAAGAACUAUUGACCAGAUAUUGCAAAAUCAUUGGACAAAAAUACCCCGACCAUAUAUGUUCAAAAUGUCAAGGAGAAGAUAAUGUCAUACCAGAUGUUCAAAUCGAAUAAAGAUACGUGUAAAGAUAACAUCAUAAACCCCUCAGCUAUAUUUAAAAAAAAAGUAUUUUGUAGUUUUAUGUCUUUAUUAAAGUAGUUUGUCGUGUAGCGUCGGCCAGAAGAUAAGAUGGCCAUAUGUAAAAGUUAUGUCGGCCAAUAAUAAAGUAAAGGGCCACUAAUAGUUUGUCAUUUUGUGUCGACCGAAUUAAUAUAGGUCAAGUGUAAAGUUAGUGUCGGCCAUUUCUGUUGGUCUAAUGUGUAAAAAUAUUGUAUAAAUAGAGGGUUUCUCCCUCAUUAAUGAAUAAGCUGAAUAAGCUAUUUACUCUCAACUCUCUCUUAUUCUCUCUUUUCUCUUAAAAAAUCGCUUCCACCCAAAAUUGGUAUCAAGCAUAUUGAAGAAUGACAAUGAAAAGUAAAAUUAUAGAGUGUCGUCUUAUAAGAUAAACCAAAUAGAGAAAUUAUAAUUCAAUAGUUAUACAUCUUCUCAAAGCACAUAGAGUCUGAACAAAUAGUCAAAUUGAGAUACAUCAAAAUUAAAAACUAAUGAGGAUGUAAGUUGCAAUAUAAUGUUAUGUUAUUAACAAGAUACAUGACUAGAUCACGAGAAGAGUAAAAAAGAACUUAUAACAUGAAAUCUUACAUAAGUUAUAUGUUUGUGAUAUACUAAAAUAUCAUUUGUCUUUUAUGAGCAUGUAGGUGGCUUAUCACUUCAUCUUAUUUAGAUGUUAGGCUGCAACAACUGUAAGAAGAAACACUACUAAGUAAUCAGGAAAAAAAGUCAACACUACUGAUGCACAAAAAGACAAGAAACAAUUCAAAAUUUUGAAAUAUGUAAUAGGGGCGUUUAUGCUCAGACGAACUGAAUCUCAGCUCA